AUGGAGAACUUCCUACGGACAGGUUUGAGCUGCUGCAGCGAGCUGAAGCAGCAGCAGAGGCGCAGCAGCAGCAACAGCAGCAGCAGCAGCUUCGGAGAGUUGCCGUCUUCGCCAGCGAUGACGAGCAGCAACCCAUCAUCAUCAUCAGCAGCAGCAGCAGCAACAGCAGCAGCAGCAGCAGCAGCAGCAGCAAGGGGAAUGGAUAGUUCUCGUAUUGACGAGCAUCACUGCUGCCUCCAAGCUGUGCUGCAGUAUCUGCACAGCAUAGGUUUGUUUGCUGCUGCUGCUGCUGUUGAGGCAGAAGCAGCAGUCUCCUAUAUACCCGAAUUCUUUCAGUUCACACACACGUGGCUGCCGCAGCAGCAGCAGCAGCAGCAGCAAGAGGAGGAAGAUGAAGAGCAAGAGGAGAGGCUGCUGCAGCAGCUGCUGCAGGGUCAGCCUGUCCUUGCUGCUGCAAUGCGCGCUCUACAGCAGCAAUCAAUAGCCCUCCGCAGCAGCAGCAGCAGCAGCAGCAGCAGCUGCGAGAAACUUGCCGCUGCUGCAGCAGCAGCAGCUCCAGAUUUGCUGCAGGCCGGCGAGCUGCUGCCGCCAAUCGCGAAGCUGCAACAGCAGCAGCAACAGCAACAGCAACAGCAACAACAUCAGCAUCAGCAACGGCAGGCAGCAGCAAAUCCAGCAGUUUCUGCUGCUGUUGCUGCAGCCUGGGGAAGUCUUGACGAGCGCGCCUCCCGCAGUUGCUGCUCUCAGCCUCUCUGCCUUGCUGCUGCUCCUGCUGCUGCUGCUGAUAGCAGCAGCAGCAGCAGCAGCAGGAACGAUGCGCUGCGGAGCGCCGUGUACGUGCAGAAGCAUAAUAUUCUUUGCUGCAGCUUCAUAGACAUCCCCAGCAGCAGCAGCAGCAUCAGCAACGGCAGCAGCAGCAGCAGCAGCAGCAGCAGCAGCAGCAGCGAGGUGCUGCUUGCUAUCGGAACUGCAGACAAAGCUGUGCGUCUCCUACGGCUGAGGUGUAUACCGCCCCUCAGCAGCAGCAGCAGCAGCAGCAGCAGCAGCAGCAGCAGCAAGGUGGCUUCUUGUGAGGUUGUAUGCGAAUGGGGAAGCCUCUCGUCGCCGGUGAUAGCAAUGGCGGUGCGCAGCAGCAGCAGCAGCAGCAGCAACAGCAGCAGCAGCUUGGGGCCGGGCUUGGCUGUGGGGCUGCUCGAUGGAAGUUUGUGUUUGCUGCAGCUGCCAACAGCAGCAACAGCAGCAAGCACAGCAUCAGGAGCAGCAGCAGCAGCAAGCACAGCUCCUGCUGCAGCAGCUGCAGCAGCAGCAGGCUGCGUGCUGCAGCAGCUUAAGCCCCACACCAAGGCGGUGGAAGGCAUUCACGCUUGCGUUGGCAGCAGGUCGUAUCUGCGGCUGAGAAGCAGCAGCAGCAGCAGCAGAAACAGCGAUGUUGUUGCUGCAGCAACAAGCGCUGCAGCAAGAAGCACUGGAGCCGCACCAAGAGCAGCAGCAGCAGCAGCAGCAACAGCAGCAGCAGCAGCAACAGCAGCAGCAGCAGCAGUGUGGGGUGUAUGUGUUGCUGCUUGUGCUGCAUUUCAGGUGUAUGCGCAGCGCGAUGGUGCAGCGGAUAUAUUUGACUUAAUUUUUCAUCAUUUGUUCCCGAGCAGCGUCUGCAGCAGCCUCUGCUUCUUCCCCGACUGCAGCAGCAGCAGCAGCAGCAGCAACAGCAGCAGCAGCAGCAGCAGCAGCAGGGUAGCUAUCGCUUUGCAUGAAUGCCCUGUAAUUGCUUCCUUUGAUGUUGUGGAGCUGCGGCGAUCUGCUGAGGUUUUCUUUCUUGAAGACUUAGGGGCCCUUGCGCACAAGCAGCAGCAGCAGCAGCAGCAGCAACAGCAGCAGCAGCAGCAGCAGCAGCAGUGGGAGUUGCUGCUGCAGGACAAGUGUGGGAUCGGAGGGGCUGAAGUGAUGGUGUACGCGCUGCCAGAAGCAGCAGCAGCAGCAGCAGCAAGCGGCACUGCAGGGGAACCUGCUGCAGUGUUGCCUGCUGCUGCUGCUGCUGUGCUGCGGGGGCCCCUGCAGCAAAUCAAAGGCGUUGCAGCACACAGCUCGCUGCGGCUGCUGGCAGUUGUGGGGCUCGACAAAGCAGUGUACCUCUACGCGUAG